GUGUAUUUGGUUGCAAAAAAUCUUUGAAACUGGAGGGAAAGCUUUUGGAGAAUUAGAGAAAAUGCCGGUAUCAAAACCAGUGUCGUCUUCUUCAAGAGUCAUCGCACAUGUUGAUAUGGACUGCUUCUAUGUUCAAGUGGAGCAGAGGAAACAACCACAGUUGAGGGGUCUGCCCACUGCUGUUGUUCAGUACAAUGAAUGGAAAGGUGGAGGUUUAAUUGCUGUUAGCUAUGAGGCCAGAAAAGAUGGUGUAAAACGUUCCAUGCGUGGUGAUGAAGCUAAAAGUGUAUGCCCACAUAUUCAGCUGGUUCAAGUGCCAGUUGCACGUGGAAAAGCUGAUCUUGGUACCUAUCGUGAUGCUGGUUCAGAGGUGAUUGCAAUUCUUGCAAGGAAAGGUCGAUGUGAAAGAGCAUCAAUAGAUGAAGUCUAUCUUGAUCUUACUGAUGCAGCAGAGACCAUGUUAGCAGAGAGUCCUCCAGAGAGCCUGGAUGACAUGGAAGAGGAGGUUCUUAAGUCACAUAUUCUUGGUCUUGAUGAGAAUGUUACUGAUAUCAAAGACAAAGUGAGAUUUUGGCUCCAAAGAAGUGAUGCUGACCAUAAUGAUAAGUUGCUGUCUUGUGGAACUCUUAUUGUUGCGGAACUCCAGAAGCAAGUCCUGAAAGAAACUGAAUUUACAUGCUCUGCAGGGAUUGCUCAUAAUAAGAUGCUGGCCAAAUUAGCUAGUGGCUUGAACAAACCUGCUCAACAGACAAUUGUGCCAUCUGCUUCUGUAGAUAAGUUUCUCGAGUCCUGGCCAAUAAAGAAAAUGAAGCAAUUGGGAGGAAAGCUUGGAGAUUCCUUGAAAAGUGACUUAGAGAUUAAUACGGUUGGAGAGCUACGGCAGUUUUCGGAGCAGAAGCUCCAGGAACGUUAUGGUUUCAAUACUGGAACAUGGUUGUGGAAUAUUGCAAGGGGGGUCAGUGGGGAAGAGGUUAAGGGCCGGAUAUUACCGAAGAGUCAUGGUUCGGGGAAGACAUUUCCGGGUCCGCGUGCGUUGAAGUCGAUUGACACAGUUUCACACUGGGUAAAGCAACUGUGUGAAGAACUUAGUGAGCGUCUUAUUGCGGACUUGGACCAUAAUAAGAGGAUAGCUCAGAUUCUCACUUUACAUGUCACAGCAUAUAAGUCAAGUAGCACAGGAUCCCAAAAGAAAUUCCCUUCUAAGUCGUGUCCUUUGAGAUAUGGAACUCCUAAGAUUCAAGAGGAUGCUUUAAGCAUGUUUCAUGCUGGUUUACGGGAAUUUAUGGAAACACAUGGAGUCAAGAAUGACAUAAAUCAGAACAAUGGAUGGCGAGUGACUGGUCUUUCAAUUUCGGCAAGCAAGAUUCUUGGUGUACCUCAAGGAACUUCUACGAUAACAAAAUUCUUUUCUAGUCAAUGUGGAGUAUCUGUCAUUUCAUCAAAGGAGAAAGAUGAUGAAUCUAUCCAGUUUUCAGAGAAGAAGCAGAACUCAGGGGAUCGUCUACUUAUUGAGGGGGAAGAAAGCGCUACUAUGCACGACUUUUCUUGUUUAGAUCAGAAUGAGGACAAGGCACAGUCUCUGAAAGAUCAGACAGCCAGAAUAGUCACAGAAAUUUCCCAGGACGACAUUAUACCCUGCUCUUUGGUGGACAAAGCUCCUACAUCUUGCUCAUUGUCGGACACCGCACCAGUUGAUGCAAGCUUGGAAUUAGCCAUAAAUGAAAGAAAAUAUUGCUCGGAGAUCGUCCAAGAUGAGCCACCAUAUAAGUUUCAUGAUGAUGAGCCUGUUUUGUCGAUUUUAAGUCCCGCUUCAAAAAUACAGGAUCGAGAAGUAAAAAAAUCUAAAACAAAGCUCGAGGAACCUAAGUUAUGUGCUCCCACUUUAAACCAGGGCACACCUUCAAUUUUGAGCUUUCUAAAGAGAUCCGACUAUACUUGCUCCCAGUUGAAGCAUGAAUCGAAUGGGGUACUCAAGGAUACCGAUACGCCAUCUUGUUCUGGUAGUAAUGCAGUUCAAAGUAGUCGGAAUAUGGGUAAAAGAGAAAGAUGGAGUUACAAUGCUAAUGAGAUUGAUCCAACUAUAUUGGAGGAGUUGCCAGCAGACAUUCAGGAAGAACUUCGUGAUUGGAUUCGACCUCAGAAGCAGCAUCAUACUGAUACACCCAAGCGCGGUAGUAUUACUUCCUAUUUCUUACCGUCCAAAGGCUAAAGCUCGUAGACGUUAUUAUCGAAUUACUCUGUAUAAUUUUGUAUAGAAUAAGUUUUAAGGUAUUCGACAACAUACAUAUUCGAUUUUGUUGUGAUAUUCUAUUGUUUGGAAAACUAGUUGGGUUUAAACCUAAACGGCUCGACUGUGAGGCUAUUGUUUGGUAGAAAGUAUUUUGAGCA